AAAGGAGAUCCUUGAGAUAAGGCACGCAAAUUCUUCUCUCCAAUCCACAGAAAUGGCGACGGCGAAAAUCACACCGUCGGCAACGGCUAUUUCGGCCACCUUCAAGCACCUUUCUCUACUCCCCCGUAGUACGCGGAAUUUUGCUACUCGAAUUGCCGUCCCCGGAACAGGCCGGGCAAAAAAGCUGGCCGUGACAAUGUGCUCCAAAGCAUCGGACCCGCUCGAAGUAUGCGCGAAAGAGUCUCUCACUGUCCCCAGCAGGCUAGGAGACUGUCCCUUUUCGCAAAGAAUUCUUCUUACAUUGGAGGAAAAACACCUUCCAUAUGACUUAAAGGUUGUUGACUUGAGAAAUAAGCCUGAAUGGUUUUUGGAUAUUAGUCCAGAGGGUAAAGUUCCUGUAAUAAAGCUUGACGAGAAGUGGAUUGCAGAUUCUGAUGUUAUUGCACAGAUGCUGGAAGAAAAGUUUCCGGAACCCCCACUUGCAACGCCACCUGAGAAAUCUGCAGUUGGUUCGAAGAUCUUCUCCACGUUUAUUGCAUUUCUUAAAAGCAAAGACUCCAAUGAUGGGACAGAGCAAGCAUUGCUGAAUGAGCUUGGUGUCUUCAACGGUUAUCUCGAAUUAAAUGGUCCAUUCAUCAACGGAAAUGUAGUAUCUGCAGCAGAUUUGGCCCUCGCACCCAAGCUCUAUCACCUAGAAAUUUGUUUGGGGCACUAUAAGAAAUGGUCUGUCCCGGAUUCACUUUCCUAUGUGAAGUCAUACAUGCAGACUGUAUUCUCCAUGGAAUCUUUCAUCAAAACACGAGCUUUGCCAGAAGAUGUUAUCGAGGGUUGGCGGCCAAAAGUAGAAAGUUAAGCAAUCUGCUAGUUAUUUGUAGCAUUCUUUGGCUUCCAGUUGUAACUUAAUGUAUAUGUAGUCAUUGGCCAUGCUAUCUUAUUGCAACAUGAUCAUGCCCCGUGUCUUCAACUAGAAAAUUAUCUGGUUUCAGCCCUUGAGUAUUGAUUUAGGAAUUUUGAUGUACAAAACACUUAAUUCCGUAUGCUUUGAUAAAUAUCAACCACUCUUGAGUGAA